CUCGGUGUCGUCACUUCCGUGAAGCUUUUUCCUCCUCCUGGCUUCAUUAAACACAGAACAUAGAGGAUUAUUUACCAAGAGUUAAAGACAAAACGCCGCUACAACAAAGGCUUUACCUGGCUAUGUCAUUUAAAUACUCUUAAACAAGAGCACUACCGCAUUGUUUCCCUGACAACGGACAGUGUUUUUUCCUCUGGCUGACAAAAGACCAUCAGCCUCCUCUGAGCGGUGCAUGAAUCCUGGGAUGCACUGACGUUAGCCUGCUAUUAGCUUCAGCUACAGCUCUGUUUAACGACGGGACCAAGCACGCCGUAAGUCAAACCGUCUUGAAACGACCUUGCAUUGUGUUUAGACAUAGUGCAUUAUGACAGACAGCAUUAUGAGUAAAGCUGCCACAAUGGAGAUUCCUAUCAACAGUAAUGGUGACACAGGGAUACUACCAGAGGAUGACAGCCUUGAACAGGCUGCAAAACUGCAGUGGAGCUUAGAUGAGAAGGUAGGGAGCUCCAGAGGCACCAGGGACCUACAGCAGGUGAUGGUAUCAGGUCCCAAUCUCAACGAGACUAGCAUCGUAUCUGGGGGUUAUGGAGGAACAGCAGAGGGUAUCAUCUCCACCAGCUCAAUCAAAGGUUCCAACAUGCACCACAGCAGCAGCAGCUCGUCGAUGGCAGAUGAAGCGACCCGCGGCGUGGCUGUGGAAAAACUAGAAACAAUGAAGAAGUGGGGUCUCAACACUUACAAGUGUACAAAGCAGAUGAUCUCGGAGCGUUUCGGUCGGGGUUCCCGGACUGUGGACCUGGAGCUGGAGGCCCAGAUUGAGGUGCUGAGAGACACUAAAAAGAAAUAUGAGAGCGUGCUGCGAUUGGCCAGAGCGCUGACCAACCACUUCUACAAUAUGGUGCAGACGCAGCAAGCGCUGGGUGACACCUUUGCUGACCUCAGUCAGAAAUCUCCAGAGCUGCGGGAUGAGUUUGGCUACAAUGCAGAGACUCAGAAGUUGCUGUGUAAGAACGGGGAGACUCUACUUGGUGCCAUUAACUUCUUUGUGUCCAGCAUCAACACGCUGGUCAACAAGACCAUGGAGGACACCCUGAUGACAAUCAAGAUGUAUGAAAAUGCCAGACUGGAGUUUGAUGCCUACCGGUCAGACCUGGAGGAACUGAGUCUGGGUCCGAGGGAUGCUGUUGCCAUGGCUCGCAUAGAUGCUGCUCAGGAACAGUACCAAGUCCAGAAGGACAAGUAUGAACGCCUCCGCUCAGAUGUCAUCAUUAAACUCAAGUUCCUGGAGGAGAAUAAGGUGAAGGUGAUGCAUAAGCAGCUCCUUCUCUUCCAUAACGCCAUCUCGGCGUACUUUGCUGGCAACCAGCAGCAGCUGGAGCAGACGCUGAAGCAGUUCAACAUAAAGUUGAGGCCUCCAGGGGCCGACAAGCCCUCCUGGUUAGAGGAGCAGUGAGAGGGUCUGCCGGACCUCCUGCAGCCUCCUUCUCGACCACCUCCACCUGUUACCUGUUGAAACCCCCAACUUACAGAGGACCACUACGGAGGGAAACCAAUAAUUAGGUGGAUGAAGAUAUGAGACGUGCGUGUGGACAGAUGAGGGAGGAUUGGACUGAUGGAUUGCAGGGUAUUAUUGAUGGCUAAAUGCAGCAGGAAACCCAAGUGGCCAGUUUCAUGAACAGUCAGGGGGCUUUUAGUGCCUCUUCCCAACUUCCUUUUUUUCACUCUAACCUCGUCUUUGUGCUUCGUUCCCAGAGGUACUGUUCAUCUCUCCUUUCCCUCUCUCCUAUUUGACUCCUUCUAUCUCAACACUAUUUUGCCGUGUGAGCUUGUGUUAGUCAUGUUCUUGGCCAUUAUUGUACUCCUCAAGUGCUCCCAGUGCCCUGAGUUAAACUUCAGCCCCACACCAUCUUUGUAACAAAGACGGGCGACGAAAAAAGGAAAAAUGAUGAAACACACUCGGAUGUAACCAAACACCACAUCGGAACUCUUCCAGACCUUAUCACUCUCCUCGUGUGCCUCCUUAUUUAUGAGCUAAAUGGCCUGCAGGAAGAAAGAUAAGUUCAGUAAAAAAAACUACACAUGAAGUAUGGUACACUGGAAAGGAAUGUCCAGACAUGUUAAAUCAAUGUACAUUUCAAAUUAAGUACUUUUGAAAUAAAUAGUAUAUGAUUGUUUGUAGCUUGUAAAAAAAAAAAAAAAAAAACACAAUGCUGUGUUUAGUUUAGUUUUUCCUUAAUUUGACUUUUUUUCAUUUUGUAAUUAUUUCAGUUCUAGUCAGCUUGUAUGUCAUAUGCUUCAGAGCGAAGGACAGUAUGGUGUUUGGGCAGUGUUUGGGCAAUGUGUGCUGGUGCUUUAGACUGUAAUUAUCAGAAACGCUACAGAUUUAAAUUGUAACCUGAAAGUUGUUUGACUUUAACUCGUAUAUGCAACGAUCAUAUAAGGAACACUGCCACAGCUUCCCAAGGUUAUACUGGUUGGGCUCUUUACUAAUUGUAUUUGAUUUACCCAAAGAAAAUUGAGAGAGAUGUUUACUGGACCCCUUCCUGUUUUCAUUGGUUGUUUAAGCAACAUUGAUUGAUUCAGUCUCACUGUGGACUGAGGAGGCUUCGAGGGACGGUUGAACUAUGUAAGACGGGUAUUAGGGCUGUCCUGAAUACGAUUUUUUGGGCUUUGAAGCUUCGGUGAGAAAUAUUUGAAGGGAUUUGAAGCUUCGGCACUGUGCCGCUGUUGCACUACUGUACACACACGCAACUCUACACAUAACAAACAGCCAUAUCCGUCUGAGAAGAACUAAUAAUGUUGUGGGAUUAUGAGAUUUAUACUUUAUUAUUACAUACAAAAAAACAAAAAACUAAGAAUUUGAAUACUGAUUCGGAGGUCGAUUACCAUGGCAACGGUCGAAGCAUUCGGGUCAGCCCUAAUGGAUAUGUCAGUCGGUUAAGAUCUUGAAUUGAUUUCAAGAUUAAUUAAAAA